AUGAGGAAUGGGCGACCGCUCGUCCAUACAUCGCGACACUUCACACCAGCUCAACUGCAGCCAUCUUUGAGCCCAUCCUCAUCGACGCCAACAGCCGAACCCCUGAUGCCACUAUCAACACCAGAACUGUUUCCUUUCCAGUAUAAAUCCUCUUCCCGCCCGGCUGCCAAAGAAGCAGGACCAUCCUGGCUAGCGAUACCGUGCUCGAACAAGAAGCCAAAGCCAAACCUAUAUCAACGCCUGGCUGGCGUCUCGCCCUUGACGGCCAUGAACUCGUCCGUGAUUCGAUCACGGAUAAAGCGCAGGGAAGUCUCGGAAAGGAAGCAAGUAGGAGAUGCCGAGAUAUUGGUCAAUCCUGAGAGAGCAGGCCUCUGA